CAAAAAUUGCAAAAUUUACUGACAGACAAACAAUGUGAAUUAUGAAAAAGAUAACUCGAAAAACUUGAGAGCAAAAAAAAAUAAAUUUAAAGAAAAGUGAAAAAUUAAUUAAUCUGCUUAAGGAAAAUGAAUUCAGAAGAGACAAUAGUUAUGAACGGAAUGCAGCCUAAAGAUGAUGAGAUGAAGUGGAAUCAUAAGAAACGAGCUAAAAAUCCCUUCCUGCUAUUUUGCGAGACAGUUCUAAAUCAUGAAAGAGAACUUUUAUCAGAGACACUAAAUUCAUCACAGGAAUCACUUAGUGAAAAUCAGGCUCCUGAAGGACAAAACAGUAGCUCAAUUGAAAAUUCGACAUUUAAUUCUGAUUCUGACGGAGCAAAUGGUGAGAUUUCAAAAAAUUAUACAAAUGACAAUGAAGGCGAUGGUGAUAGUUUCAAUUCAGUGACAUGUUUUUGUGGUAAGCCGUUUGCUGGACGUCCAAUGAUUGAGUGUUCAGCGUGCUUGACAUGGCUUCAUAUGUCUUGUGUGAAAGUAAAACGCAAGAAUAUACCAGAAUUUUAUUAUUGUGAUAAUUGUAAAAGUAAUGGGCUCUUAUCGCCAAACGCAAUUGGAUCAUCGGGAGAGGAAGGAACACCUAUACGUCAACAGAAUGGCACUAUCAGUUCAAAUAAUAAUAUAGAUGGGAUUUUAUACAGUAGCAGCACGCACCAAAAUAAUAAUCAAAACAACAGUAAUAACACCAUCAUCAACAAUACUAUCAAUAAUUUAACAGCAGCCACAAAGCCCAAAAAACCGAAGAUGUCGAUUAAGAAAUCGAGCGCAAGCUUAAUGAUGAUGAAUAGUAGUGAUAAUAUUAAGAAUAAUACAAAUAGUGAUAGUAAAUAUUUAUCUAAGAAAUCCUCAAAUGUUAACGGUAAGCUAAAGAAAAUUCGUCAAACGACUAAGAAGGUACGUCCGACAGCAGCAACUGCAUCAGCAUCUAGCAAUUUGACCAAAACGAUUUCAUCAUCCUCGCUAGCGGCUGCUGCAUCACUAACAGCCCUAUCACUCAACAAUCAAGUCUCGCCAAGUCAAAUAAAUAAUAAUAUCAUCCUUGCGACGAAUGGCAUUGCUACUGACAAUUCAAAUAAUUUGUUAAAGUCUCCAAUUGCCACAAACAACAAUAAUAUCUAUAAUAAUGGUGAUGUCAUAGAAACUCAAAGUGAACGAACUCCAAUUAUUGAGAGUAAUGGUGCUGCUGCUACCACCAUCGUCGAGAAUUCGGAAAAAUUCAACAAUAAACGCUUGAAACUCCUUUAAUUAAGAAGAAGAAGAAGAAGAAGAAAUAAUGCACUAUAAAUACAUACACACAACAUGAGGAAACAAAAGUUAAUCACAUCUAAGAACGCAUGCAAAGAAAUCUAUCUUAAAGUUUUUCAUACUAUUUUUACAAGUUUUCUUUACACACACACACAAUUCUUUUUUAUUAUACCUACUUUUACCUUCUAUACUUCUUACUAUUAUUAUUAUUAUAAUUUCUGAGAGACGUCUGUAAUCAUCAUUCAGUAAGGAUCCAAUAAUUAACAUUUAUUUUUCAUCUCUUUAUUAUUAUUAUGAUUGUUCAACCAAAAUUUAAAGUGAAAAAGUGUUGUUUUUUGGGACUUUUAACAGGAGCUUGUGAGCUUGCUCGAACAACUAGUCACAAUUUUGCGUGCAAUCAGGUCUCAAAACCAUACAAAUUCAUUUCAAAAUACCCUACAAAUGUCAAUUGUUUGACUGGAAUUGUAUGGUUUCACACAAAAGAAUAAAAUAAUUAAAAUUGAUGAUAUGGACUACAGGCACAGUUAAGGUUUCAUAAAGUGAAUUGUGAUUAGUUAUCAGUAGAUAAGACCAGACUCUCCUGACUAUUACUAUUUAAAAUCGCAGAUGUUAUUAGAUUUGAUAGAAAAACUACAUUUUUAAGACAGAUGAAUAUAUUCAUAUUGAAACAGAUUAUUAAAUCUAUUUUUAGUUUAUAAGGAUAUAGUGCAGUAAGGGAUUAUGAUUAAUUAACUUUAACGAAAUAAGCUGAUAAUGUUUUAAAAGAGUGCUGUAUGGAUUCAAAAAGUUGCAAUUUCUCUUUUUUUUAAAAAUGAUAAUUUGGUUUUGAUAUAAAAAAUGCAGUGAGAAUCCAUGUCCAGCUGAAUGUUUAUUGAAUGUAAAAUAUAUUUCACGUUUUCAUUUCUAGGAAUUUAACAUAGAGGAUAUUUUAAGAGAAAACAAGUAAAUUAAAGCUUAAUGAUGAAAAGUAGAGUAAUGGAAUGAAAUAAAGAAACCAGUAAAGAGGUGGUUCCCUCGUGACCGACUGAAGCGCAUUUUCCCCGUACAGAAUUUGAGUAUACUUCCUCUUCAUUAAAUCCCAUCCUAAAUUCAUAUCGAGUAAAGCUUACAUAACAUCAUACUGAUAACAGCGAUGGUUGAUUAUUCUGUUUUUCUGGCCAAUGCCAGCUUGACAUAGAACACACAUUUUAAGCAUAGAACCGAAUCAAAAAAAAAAAAGCUUAAACUGGAGGAGUAGGUAGGCUGACAUUUUGACUGACAAAGUGCGAACAGUAGUGUGAUUUCCUGAUAGGAAAAUGUGCUUAAAAAAAGAGAUAUGACAGUGAAUAAUGUGAAUAGAUGAGUUGAUUGUCGGAUAUUGACUAAGGGAUAUUGAAAAGAUUUGAGAACUAGUCUUCAUUUACCCUUAUUAGAAUUUCUUGAAUAAUUGAUAAGAGAAUUUUACAAAUAGUAAUGAUAAUUGAUAGUUUCUAAACGCUUCUGUAAAUAAAUUAGAGGAAAUGUGUUUAUUAAAUGAUGUACACACAUUUAUAUUGAGUCAUUCGUGACUUAUUUGCUCCUUUUAAUUACAUUACUCUUAUAAUUUUAAUAAUUUUUCUACUGUGCAACAUUAGUGCAUUUUUUUGCAAAGUAGUUAACUUGCUGGAUUACAUAAACGUCGUUCAGUGAUUCCGCAAUCCAAUUCAACUCAUUUUCUAAAAUUUAAAGAAAGUUCGUUAAAUUUAAACUUUAGAAAGUUGUUCAAAUUUUAAAGGUUCGAUGAAUUUAUGACACACAAAUCUGAACAAGCAUCAAAGAUAAUGCUUUAGUCAUCCAUUUUCGAUGGCACAAGACAAACAUUUAAAGCUCAGCAGUCCUUUUCUUUCUGGAAACUUCAUUAAUGACUAGUUUUUAUUAUUUUUUUGCCAUAUCAAUUAUGUUGUUAUAGUUGUGUAAAAUAGAAAAGAAGAAUCAGUGAAAUAUCGCACUAUCGAUAUUGCCAUGUAAAAAUCAAUUUUUCGUUCAUAAAUUGUCUUUUGUUGAAAUAAAUUACAUUUUAAAUGAUAAGGAUUAAAAGUACAAGUUUAAAAAAGUGAAAAAACAUUUCAAUCCACAUGAUAAUUUUACAAUUAACGUCAGCAAGUGACAAAAUAGGAAGGCAACAAGUGUUUUUGUUAUAAUUUCUUUAAUGAAAUGCACAUAUACUUUAAAUUGUAAACCAACAAUUAUUCUAUUACAUUUUCAUUCAAAUCAAUUAAACAUAAGCACCACAAUUUACAGUUAUAUUGGGAAUUGAAUGUCAUUACAAGUGAUUAAUUGGAGUUGUAUGAACAGAUUGGGAACCGUACAACAUUUGGAUAUGGAAAACAUUUGAAUGGUUCUCAAGCAUUUGAAUUAUUCAAUUGCGUUUUCAAAACCAUACAAAUGUUUCAGCGAGAAUUUGUACGGUUUUGAUAAACAAUAUCCAAUCAAAACCAUACAAUUCCAGAAUGAAAUGAACAAUUGUAUAGUAUUGUAUAGAUGUUGUACGGUUCUCAAACACAAAUCUGAAUAAUCUCCCAAAAGCCUUCGAUUUCCAAUCCGAAAAACAAUAGAAUAUUAUUUGUCAGUAGUGAACUGUUCUGAAAAAAAAUGAAAAAAUCAAAAAAAAAGCGAAAAAAUAUGAAAAUGAGUAAAAUAAUUCUGUAAAUUUUAAAUUAGUUGUAUAAACAAGAAUACAAUGAAUAUUUUGGAUAAAAUAUAAGAAACUUAAUGAUUGAAAGUAAAAAUUUAAUAAUAAAAAACGUCUCAGUCUUUUUUAAUGCUAGAAACUUGUCAGGUUUGCUUUAUUUCAUAAACAGGCUAAAUUAUAAAUAAAUAUAAAUGGCAUUAAAAGAAUUUCUUGAAGAAGAACACCACGCCUUUAACCCAAUUAGGAAUCAAGCGUUGAAGCAACUGUUUCUCAGCAGUCUCUGAAUAUCGGAAGAGGUGAUCAUAUUCGGUUUUAAGGGACUUUUGAAGUUCCUUAUUGACGGUUACUAAACAAAUUUGAGCUUCCAAAUCACGAUGAACUGAUCGUUCGCCAUAAUUUGAUGAUCCAAUUACAGUCAUACAUGGCAAUUUAGAUCCAUUAAGAUGAUACCACAAUCCUUUUGCAUGAUAUGUCCAGUUAUCUCGUUCAUAUUCGAGUAAUGAGAAUCGACUUUCUUGUCCAUUUUCUUUAAUCUGUUCAUAAAACUUUCGAGCUAUUAAUGAGUACGCAUCAGGAAUUCCGCCAGAAGGAAAUUUUGAUCCUUUAAAGCCAUUAGCAUUUGGAUGAGCCAUAAUUAUACUGCAAUCAGCUUUACAUUUCUUUACCAGAGAGUCCAUAUAUGUCUGAGUCAAAUUAAAAUAUCCAGAAGUCAUUUUAAGUGUUGAUCCUUCUUCUCCACUACAUAAUAGCUUAUUAGAUACAAGACUAUCAUGAUGUAUACCGAUUUGUCCCAUUUCAAUCGUCGGGAAUAUCCAUGUGUCAGCAGUCUCGUCAAAAUCAUGGAUAUUGUUCUGCUUAUCAUAGACAGUCUUGAAAAAUUCCUUAAAUCUUCUCUGAGCUUCAAUUACAAAUUCUUUAUAGCUACUUUCAUAAGGCAAUAAGUUCCAACUUUCAUGCAUUCGAGUAUCACCAUUCGCAUCAACUUGCAUACUAAAUUCUUGUACCUUUCCUAUGACGUCAUUAAAGAAGUUUGAGACAUUAAUAUCCUUUAUUUCUAUAUAACGAUCCUGUCUAUUUGUGAAAUAGUCAUUUGAUAAAUUAGCACCAGAAAGGAUUAAUACGUCAUCAAAAAUGUAGAUUUUCAUGUGCUGCAGACCAAGCAGUUCAUUCCAUCGAGCUGGUGCCAAUUUCUUAGUAAUUCCUCUAAGCAUUGGAGUAUGAUAAAGUGACAAGUUACAGUUCCUGCUUUGUUCAACAAGUGGCAUAAUCAUUGACUUUGAGUUCUUUUUGCCACGAGUUCCUCGUGUAAAAUCUAACAGUAUAUUAACUUUAAGGUCAUCAUUUUCUGUGAUAUUGGUCUGAAUAGCUUUCACUAAAUCUGAUUCCAUUUUUCCAAUUCCAAGAUACAGACUAGCAAAUGAAAUUCGAUAUUUAGCUGCUGAUGCAUUACGCAAUAUACUAUCAUAGAAAUCUGAUGGUUCACUAAUGAUCCUAAUGUUACUGGAGUUGACUGGAAAGCAUGGUGUCAUAUCAAACAGAAAUGAGAAAUUUUCUAAUGGCCAAUAAUUAUAGCGUUUUUGAGUUUUCAUAUCGGUGGGUUUGAAAUAAUCAUGAUGAUUAGUGGUGGAUGGAAAGUCAAUGAACGUAGAUAAUAGUCUACGUAUCAUGUUAAUUGUAGCUAGAAAUAUUGCGAGGAAAUAAGAGAUUAUUUGAGAACUAGAAAAGCAAAAGAAAAUUUGAUGAAAUAAAAUGGAACGAAAUAAUGUUGUAAUGCUUAUUAUCAUUUUACCAAAACUUUGUGUUCUUCUGCUUAACAUGAUUGAUACUUUUCAUUAAAUCCUGUCAAUUGAAACAUUAAUUUCACUAUUUAUUGCUCUUUGUUGACUUUUUGUGACUAAAAGGGGGUUGAC